AUGCUGGCUGAGGUUUUUUUUCUCAAGAGUAUCGAUGGAAAUUUCAGAGAAUUUGCAAGCCAUGUGGAUAGCGAUUUUGGUAACUCGUUCCUGGUUAAGCGCCUUUCUAAUGAUGAUUUUACUACUCGUGUUGUAGCUGCCAUUGCUAAAGUAGCUUUGAUUAGGGAUCGUUUCCGCCUUGGACAGAUGUCUUCAGGCUGUUUACCAGCUCUUGAUUUGCUUUUUGAUUCACUUCAUUCCCUUCUGCUCAGCGAAGAUUUCUCAGAAAUUGCUGAUGAAUCCACUUAUGUAGAUGGAGUACGUUAAGAGAUACUGGAUGCAGAUUCGGCUGUUCGACCUCAGGAACGAGGCGAAUGCAUGAUUGAAAAGAAUAGGUCCGUUGUAAAUUUGCUCUACUAA